AUGCGCCGGUACAAGGGAGAGCUGGCGUUGUGGUACGCUGCCAGACGCUGCAAUGUGGACAAACUCCAGCAGCUUGUGCGCACUGUCGAUGUGUCUGUUCAGCUGGAUGAACCGCAUCCAGUGAAAGGCACGACGCCCCUGAUGGCUGCAGCAAGGAAGAAGCACGGAGCCGACAUUGUGCGUGAACUGAUCGCUCUGGGCGCAGAGCUGGACGUGAGAGACACUGGCAAGCACCAGAACACGGCGCUGCAUUACGCGGCUUAUUCCAACCGCACGAGUCAAUUGGAGCUGCUGCUAGAAGCGGGAGCUGACCUCCUCGCUUUGAAUGGCAGAGGGCACACGGCACUGGACGUGGCGCGCCUUCGUGGACGCAAAGAAGCAGCGGCAGCUCUGACGGCUCGCCUCGAAAUACACAGGGGAUGGCUCCGUCUCCGUUCCAAAUCGAUGCUAGGGUUCUGGAAACGAAGGUGGUGCGUUCUAUUGGCGUGCAACUCGAAACGCACUGCAGCUGAGCUCUGUAUCUUUCGAUCGCCGACUAAAGUGCACCCUGAAGCCGUGCUGUGGCAUGACGGUGGCUCGACUCGCUACGUCGCAUGCGCUGGUGAGAAUGUCGAUGAGCUAAAGCUGGACAUGCGAGUAGCGUAUCAGAAACUCCUUUACCGACGCUACAGUCGCUACAUCUCAUCGGGACGAACAUAUGUCCACAAGGCAAACAUCCAGCCACGUGAGUACGUCUUUGAAUGCGAGACGGCGAGCAGUCGAGUAGCGUGGAUGCGAGCUUUCGACAGUCGACAGCGGGAAAGUGAUUGUACCAACACGACUUUUAGCUCGUCAGACGUGGGCUCCCCACCCACGUCGAGCUCAAGUUCUCGUGGACUUACAAUUGGUGGACUAGUGUUAGCGAAGGCCGGGUUACCAAGUAGAGGUUUUCAACACUCUUACACUGAAGACGAAGCCAGAAGUAUAGCCGCCCGGCCUCAGCCAGCUCAAGCCUUUCGAAACUUUAACAGUGGAUCUCAUGUUGCUUGCAACGUAGCUCGACCUGUGUCAACUCAGGGUUCAGUGAGCUUGGAUUUGACAAGUUGUGCUAGCCGUGGCGCAGCUCGGCCUCAGCCAAUUCAUGGCUACCGAAGCUUUGACAUUGAACCCAGCGUUGCUUGCAGCGCACACCGAGCUGUGCCAGCUCAAGGCAGCAGGGAGUCGAUUACAGGUUAUAGUAACUGUGGUGAAACCCGGCCUCUGCCCCGUGCUUCUGCACCCAGGCUAAGUGAGGACGAGCUUGGCUUUUUGUGUGACGAUGUGGCAGCGCUGCACGUUUCACGGACACAGAGACUGUUUCCGGUCGCGCGAGUAGUCGCUAUCAGUGGCGACCCAAACGAGCCGGAGCCAGUGGUACGAGGGAGAUGCAUUGUCUGUUUCGAGAACCAUCGAGAUGCUGUGUGCAUUCCUUGUGGACACGUUGCUGGUUGCUACGAUUGCACCCGAGCUGUCACCCAGGGGAGCAAUUCGUGCCCAGUUUGCCGUGCUCAUGUGGAUGGCGUGGUCAGGAUCAACGAGUGA